CCAGACGCGAUCAGUACGUUUUGAGUUGUGCUUCGCGACGGUUGGUGAUCUUAAAAGUGCUCCGAACACGAACGGUGCCCGCAGUCUCUCGGUUUUGGUGAUUUUUUUGUGGCUCUGCAUCUGUAUCUGUAUCUCGAUCGGCUCCAACCCGCUGCAUCCGUGCGUCUCUCCCCGCCUACCAGUGUGUUGGUGUAUGUGAGCGAGCGUGCUAAGCUUUUUGCUCACACGUCAAACUGUCGCUAGUGUGCGUGUGUUGGUGCCUUAACUUGAACUAUGACUAGCCUGUUCGUGUGCGUCUAAUAAAUAUAUUUAAAAAUAAGUAUUUCGACAUUCCACCGAGGAAAUUAUGUGACACACCAGUCCAGAUCCCAACAACCACGUCCCAUUCAUACGCGCAAUAUUAUUAAAAAACCAACCGAGUGCCAAAAGCAACGAAGCGAGCAUUAAUUGUGAUUAAUAACAACGAAACAACCGAAUACCGAACGCAAAUUAGCCCCAUAAGGCCACUCAAAUAGCAAUAGUCCAGCCAGGUGCAUUAUUCACGUCUCCCAAACGGUGAUUACCUCAUCUGUGUCAGCGCUCCGCCAGCAAAAUGGUAUCAAAAAGCAAUAAAAAGAAACAAGUGUCUCAGCAGCAGGCGUCGACGUCGCAGUCGCCACCAGCAACAUCGACCACAACAUCAACGUCGUCGGCCGAGGCCACGAAGCUUACCAAAAAACUGGGACCCGAUGCGUUCGCCACUCUGACCACCAGCAACAGCUCCAGUUCCAUGCAGCACGAAUCGGUGUCGUAUGGUGAGCCUGUCGCCAGCACUUCGGCUGCUUCCCUUCCAGCGGCCGGAGUGAGGAGCUACAGCAGCCGGAGCCAGAGCCAGAGCCAGAGCCAGAGCAAGGCCUCCCAGUCGCACACCUCCUCCUACACAGAGCAAUCUCAGUCCCAACUGCAGUCGGAGUCGCAGUACAGCAGCAAGAUCUACCGGGAUAAUGCCAAUCAGAAGAUCAUAUCGUCGAUCGAUCUGCUCGAAAGUGAAAAGAAAGAGCCAGUAUUCUCGGUGCCCAUCGAGGUGGUGGAGAUCACAACACCCACGCUAUCCGUCUCCGCCAGCGGGGGCAGCGUAUCGAAAAUGUUCACGUCCUCGUCGAUGUCUUCCAGCCAACAGCAGCAGCAAGCCAGUAGCUCCAGCUCGUACUUUGAAGCCACAACCAGUUCCAGUCGGAGCGCCAACGAAACGCUGAUUGCGAGCGAGAGAGCCGAUACGGCUACCGGUAUGACAUCAUCCGUGCCGAGGAAACAGGUUGGCUUCGAUACAGACACCAAGACAGUGACGAACACCAGCAGCAGCAGCAGCAGUAACAUCAGCAGCAGCACAAACACAAAUAUAAACAUCAGCGGGAACAGCAAUUUGAGCGAAUCUCAGAGCGUGCCAAAGCUGACGUCGCGCGGAACAGCUGAUGUGCCCGCAUCGGUGACGUUGCAAGGCUACCCCGAACCGGUUGCCUCGUCGUCUGGCGCGACCACAACAAAGGCGACGUCAUCGACGCGACGCAACGAUAAACUUGAAGUGGCGAGCACAGGCACUGCUGUUGACAGAGCUACGUCAUCGUCAGUGGUCGACCAGCACAGGUCCAGCAAAGAGGUCAGCGAGAGUUCCGUCCUCAAAAGCUCUAGCAGCAGUAAGCAAUCAAAGACAUCGUCUAAAAAAGAGGUCUACGACGUGAAGACCAAGACCUGGACGGAGUACAGCGAUGGCAGCGCCCAAGGACCCAGCAAGACACGGCCCACCUUCGAGCGGUAUGUUAGCAAGGAAUCCGACGGCAGCUCCAAAGUUACGUACAAGAAGAAGAUAUACGACAGACGCAACAAUCGGUGGCGCGUGGUGGACGAACGGACGGUGGACAGUACCGCCGAUACGGGCUAUCCCGAAAUAGUCGAUGAUGUCAUCAACACAACAAGAACCACAUACACCACCAAGGUGUAUGACACGAAGCUCGGCAAGUGGACUGUUGUGGACGAGAAGUCGUUCACUGAUACGAAAGCUUUCGUGCCCAAUGACAUUGCUCGUGAAAUCGAGAAAGAUAAUACCGAUGUUGCAAACAUAACGACUACAACGGAGGUAACAAAGAUUUUUGAUGCAAGCAUCAACGACUGGCGCGUUUUGGACGAGAAGGUGCACACAGAUGUCAUUGAGAAGAUCGUAGAGGCUCCCAAAAAGACCAUUUACGUGGACGAGUUUGUGGAGAUUGAGAAAAACACAUCGAUAUUGGAGAACAAUGAGAACAUAACCCUGAACUUGAAAGAGACAUCGAAACACAAAAAUAUUACCGAAAAUAUUUAUGAUGAAAUCGAUUAUGUGCGCACUGAUAAGAAACGCCUAGACGACUCAAGAACCCGAGGAGUUGCAACAAACAAGUCAUCAACACAUAGUGAAAGGUGCAUCUGUGAAAUUUGCACAUGCGGGCGACAUCAUUGCUCAAGCAGUACAACGAAAUCUUCGGAAAAAACUAUCAUUCAAACUGAUGAUAGCGUAGACGAUGCAUAUACGAGGAUACGUACAAAUACAUGGUCGAAAAAAGAUAAUGGAAACAUUCCCAAGCAAAACGAAGACAUUCUAGUGGACUACAUAGUCAUAAAGAAACCAGAAGACAAUUUAAGACCUGAAGGAGAUUUUACAGUGCCACCGAAAGAGCCAUACAAGCCGGGAGAGAAACGUGAGAAAAUUGUGCAUACCGACAACCUUCGUACUGAGGGAGAAAUGACUUUCGUAGAAAAAGAGGAAUAUCAAUACACCGUCCGACCUGGAUAUGUAAAGCCCACAGACAAUCUUAAGCCCGAAGGCGAGUUCUAUAGUCCAGAAAAGCCGAAAUAUCAACCAGGAGAUAGGCCUACUCAAGUGCGACACAAAGACAACCUAAGGCCAGAAGGCGAGUUUUAUACCCCCGAGAAACCGGGCUACAUCCCAGCCGACCGCCCAACCCAAAAGAAACCCAUUGAUAACCUCAAGCCGGAAGGAGAAUUUUCUUCACCAGAAAAACAAACCUACCGUCCAGCGGAGAAACCUGAAAAAAUUGUUCGCAGUGACAACUUACGGACUGAAGGAGAAAUGACGUUUGUGGAGAGAGAAGAAUAUCAGUUCGUAGUACGACCGGGACAAGUCAAGCCCUCGGAUAACCUAAGACCAGAGGGUGAAUUUUAUAGUCCUGAGAAACCAAAAUAUCGCCCUGGCGACCGUCCAUCUCAAGUUCGUCCUGUUGACAAUCUGAAACCUGAAGGUGAUUUCUAUACUCCCGAACAGCCAGGGUUUAAGCCUGCAGAGCGCCCAGUACAGAAGAAGCCGGAGGACAAUCUUAAACCAGAAGGGGAAUUCGUAAGGAACGACAAGCCAGUUUACAAACCGGCUGAUAGGGCUGAAAGAAUUAUUCGAAAAGAUAAUCUUCGCACGGAAGGAGAAAUGACAUUCGUCGAAAGGGAAGAAUAUAAAUAUGUAGUUCGUCCUGACCAAGUAAAACCAAAUGACAACCUUAAACCAGAAGGAGAGUUUUACAGUCCUGAUAGGCCAAAAUUCCGCCCCGGGGAAAGACCUGCUCAAAUAAGACCAGAAGACAAUCUUAGGCCUGAAGGUGAUUUCUAUACCCCGGAAAAACCUGGUUUCAGAGCCGCUGAGAGACCCGUACAGAAAAAACCAGAUGACAACUUAAAGCCCGAGGGAGAAUUUUACAGUCCAGAGAAACCAAAGUACAGACCAGGCGAAAGACCUUCUCAAGUCAAACCUGAAGAUAAUCUAAGACCUGAGGGUGAGUUCUAUACACCUGAAAAGCCAGGAUUCCGACCCGCUGAGAGACCAGUUCAGAAAAAGCCGCAAGACAACUUAAAACCUGAAGGCGAAUUUGUAAAGCCUGAGAAACAAGUUUACAAGCCGGCAGAUAAAACUGAAAGAAUAAUUCGAACAGACAAUCUUCGAACAGAAGGAGAAAUGACUUUUGUCGAGAGGGAAGAAUAUCAGUAUGUGGUGUGUCCCGAUCAAGUUAAACCAACGGACAACCUCAAACCCGAAGGAGAAUUUUACAGUCCUGAGAAACCGAAGUACAGACCAGGCGAAAGACCUUCUCAAGUGAGACCUGAAGAUAAUCUCAAGCCAGAGGGUGAGUUCUACACACCCGAGAAGCCCGGGUUCCGACCAGCUGAGAGGCCUGUUCAGAAGAAACCAGAAGAUAACCUCAAACCCGAAGGAGAAUUCUACGGUCCUGAAAAGCCGAAGUACAGACCAGGCGAAAGACCUUCUCAGGUCAGACCAGAGGACAAUCUCAGGCCAGAGGGUGAGUUUUACACACCGGAGAAGCCAGGUUUCCGCCCAGCUGAGAGGCCAGUUCAGAAAAAGCCUCAAGACAACUUGAAACCGGAAGGCGAAUUUGUAAAGCCUGAGAAACAAGUUUACAAACCGGCCGACAAAACUGAAAAAAUUAUUCGAAAAGAUAAUCUUCGCACGGAGGGAGAAAUGACUUUUGUCGAGAGGGAAGAGUAUCAAUAUGUGGUGCGUCCUGACCAAGUUAAACCAACGGACAACCUUAAACCCGAAGGAGAAUUUUACAGUCCUGAGAAACCGAAGUACAGACCAGGCGAAAGACCUUCUCAAGUGAGACCUGAAGAUAAUCUCAAGCCAGAGGGCGAGUUCUACACUCCCGAGAAGCCUGGAUUCCGACCCGCUGAGAGGCCUGUUCAGAAGAAACCAGAAGACAACCUCAAACCCGAAGGAGAAUUCUACGGUCCUGAAAAGCCGAAGUACAGACCAGGCGAAAGACCUUCUCAAGUCAGACCAGAGGAUAAUCUUAGGCCCGAGGGUGAGUUUUAUACACCGGAGAAACCAGGUUUCAGACCCGCUGAGAGGCCUGUUCAAAAGAAACCCGAAGACAACCUCAAACCCGAAGGAGAAUUCUACAGUCCUGAGAAACCACAGUACAAGCCAGGCGAAAGACCUUCUCAAGUGAGACCUGAAGAUAAUCUCAAGCCCGAGGGCGAGUUCUACACACCCGAGAAGCCCGGAUUCCGUCCAGCUGAGAGGCCUGUUCAGAAGAAACCAGAAGAUAACCUCAAACCCGAAGGAGAAUUCUACGGUCCUGAAAAGCCGAAGUACAGACCAGGCGAAAGACCUUCUCAAGUCAGACCAGAGGACAAUCUCAGGCCAGAGGGUGAGUUUUAUACACCGGAGAAGCCAGGUUUCCGACCCGCGGAAAGACCUGUCCAAAAGAAGCCGCAGGAUAACCUCAAGCCCGAAGGCGAAUUUGUAAAGCCCGAAAAACAGAUUUACAGGCCAGCAGAAAAAACUCAACAAAUUAUAAGGAAAGAUAAUCUUCGCACGGAGGGAGAAAUGACGUUUGUCGAGAGGGAAGAGUAUCAAUAUGUGGUGCGUCCUGACCAAGUUAAACCAACGGACAACCUCAAGCCGGAAGGAGAAUUCUACAGUCCUGAGAAACCGAAGUACAGACCAGGCGAAAGACCUUCUCAAGUCAGACCAGAGGAUAAUCUCAGGUCAGAGGGUGAGUUCUAUACACCAGAGAAACCAGGUUUCCGACCGGCUGAGAGGCCUGUUCAAAAGAGGCCAGAAGACAACCUCAAACCCGAAGGAGAAUUCUACAGUCCUGAAAAACCGAAGUACAAGCCCGGCGAAAGACCUUCCCAAGUCAGACCAGAGGAUAAUCUCAAGCCAGAGGGCGAGUUCUACACUCCCGAGAAGCCUGGAUUCCGACCCGCUGAGAGGCCUGUUCAGAAGAAACCAGAAGAUAACCUCAAACCCGAAGGAGAAUUCUACGGUCCUGAAAAGCCGAAGUACAGACCAGGCGAAAGACCUUCUCAAGUCAGACCAGAGGACAAUCUCAGGCCAGAGGGUGAGUUUUACACACCGGAGAAGCCAGGUUUCCGACCCGCGGAAAGACCUGUCCAAAAGAAGCCGCAGGAUAACCUCAAGCCCGAAGGCGAAUUUGUAAAGCCCGAGAAACAAGUUUACAAGCCGGCCGAGAAAACUGAAAAAAUUAUCCGAAAAGAUAAUCUUCGAACGGAGGGAGAAAUGACUUUUGUCGAGAGGGAAGAGUACCAAUAUGUGGUGCGACCUGACCAAGUUAAACCAACGGACAACCUCAAACCCGAAGGAGAAUUCUACAGUCCUGAGAAACCUAAGUACAAGCCAGGCGAAAGACCUUCUCAAGUGAGACCAGAGGAUAAUCUCAAGCCAGAGGGCGAGUUCUACACACCGGAGAAGCCAGGUUUCCGACCGGCAGAGAGGCCUGUUCAAAAGAAGCCAGAAGACAACCUCAAACCCGAAGGAGAGUUCUACAGUCCUGAAAAACCGAAGUACAAACCUGGCGAAAGACCUUCCCAAGUCAGACCAGAGGAUAAUCUCAAGCCAGAGGGCGAGUUCUACACACCGGAGAAGCCAGGUUUCCGACCCGCAGAAAGACCUGUCCAAAAGAAGCCGCAGGAUAACCUCAAGCCCGAAGGCGAAUUUGUAAAGCCCGAGAAACAAGUUUACAAACCGGCCGAGAAAACUGAAAAAAUUAUCCGAAAAGAUAAUCUUCGAACGGAGGGAGAAAUGACUUAUGUCGAGAGGGAAGAGUAUCAAUAUGUGGUGCGACCUGACCAAGUUAAACCAACGGACAACCUCAAACCCGAAGGAGAAUUCUACAGUCCUGAGAAACCUAAGUACAAGCCAGGCGAAAGACCUUCUCAAGUGAGACCUGAAGAUAAUCUUAAGCCAGAGGGCGAGUUCUAUACACCGGAGAAACCAGGUUUCCGACCUGCUGAGAGGCCUGUUCAAAAGAAGCCAGAAGACAACCUCAAACCCGAAGGAGAAUUCUACAGUCCUGAAAAACCGAAGUACAAACCUGGCGAAAGACCUUCUCAAGUGAGACCUGAAGAUAAUCUUAAGCCAGAGGGCGAGUUCUAUACACCGGAGAAACCAGGUUUCCGACCUGCUGAGAGGCCUGUUCAAAAGAAGCCAGAAGACAACCUCAAACCCGAAGGAGAAUUCUACAGUCCUGAAAAACCGAAGUACAAACCUGGCGAAAGACCUUCCCAAGUCAGACCAGAGGAUAAUCUCAAGCCAGAGGGUGAGUUUUACACACCGGAGAAGACAGGUUUCCGACCCGCGGAAAGACCUGUCCAAAAGAAGCCACAGGAUAACCUCAAGCCCGAAGGCGAAUUUGUAAAGCCCGAGAAACAAGUUUACAAGCCGGCCGAGAAAACUGAAAAAAUUAUCCGAAAAGAUAAUCUUCGAACGGAGGGAGAAAUGACUUUUGUCGAGAGGGAAGAGUAUCAAUACGUGGUCCGUCCUGACCAAGUUAAACCAACGGACAACCUCAAACCCGAAGGAGAAUUCUACAGUCCUGAGAAACCUAAGUACAAGCCAGGCGAAAGACCUUCUCAAGUGAGACCUGAAGAUAAUCUUAAGCCAGAGGGCGAGUUCUAUACACCGGAGAAACCAGGUUUCCGUCCGGCUGAGAGGCCUGUUCAAAAAAAACCAGAAGACAACCUCAAACCCGAAGGAGAGUUCUACAGUCCUGAAAAACCGAAGUACAAACCUGGCGAAAGACCUUCCCAAGUCAGACCAGAAGAUAAUCUCAAGCCAGAAGGUGAUUUCUACACACCGGAGAAGCCAGGCUUCCGACCCGCGGAAAGACCAGUUCAAAAGAAGCCGCAGGAUAACCUCAAGCCCGAAGGCGAAUUUGUAAAGCCCGAGAAACAAGUUUACAAGCCGGCCGAGAAAACUGAAAAAAUUAUCCGAAAAGAUAAUCUUCGCACGGAGGGAGAAAUGACGUUUGUCGAGAGGGAAGAGUAUCAAUAUGUGGUACGUCCUGACCAAGUUAAGCCAGUGGACAACCUCAAACCCGAAGGAGAUUUCUACAGUCCUGAGAAGCCUAAGUACAGACCAGGCGAAAGACCUUCUCAAGUCAGACCAGAAGAUAAUCUUAAGCCAGAGGGCGAGUUCUACACACCCGAGAAGCCCGGAUUCCGACCCGCUGAGAGGCCUGUUCAGAAGAAACCAGAAGAUAACCUUAAGCCAGAAGGCGAAUUUGUAAAGCCCGAAAAACAGGUUUACAAGCCAGCAGAAAAAACUCAACAAAUUAUAAGGAAAGAUAAUCUUCGCACAGAGGGAGAAAUGACGUUUGUCGAGAGGGAAGAGUAUCAAUAUGUGGUACGUCCUGACCAAGUUAAACCAACGGACAACCUCAAGCCGGAAGGAGAAUUCUACAGUCCUGAGAAACCGAAGUACAGACCAGGCGAAAGACCUUCUCAAGUCAGACCAGAGGAUAAUCUCAGGCCAGAGGGUGAGUUCUAUACACCAGAGAAACCAGGUUUCCGACCGGCGGAGAGGCCUGUUCAAAAGAAGCCAGAAGACAACCUCAAACCCGAAGGAAAAUUCUACAGUCCUGAAAAACCGAAGUACAAACCUGGCGAAAGACCUUCCCAAGUUAGACCAGAGGACAAUCUCAGGCCAGAGGGCGAGUUCUAUACACCGGAGAAACCAGGUUUCCGACCGGCUGAGAGGCCUGUUCAGAAGAAGCCGGAAGAUAACCUGAAACCCGAAGGAGAAUUCUACAGUCCUGAGAAACCGAAGUACAAGCCAGGCGAAAGACCUUCUCAAGUUAGACCAGAGGAUAAUCUUAAGCCAGAGGGCGAGUUCUACACUCCCGAGAAGCCUGGAUUCCGACCCGCUGAGAGGCCUGUUCAGAAGAAACCAGAAGAUAACCUCAAACCCGAAGGAGAAUUCUAUGGUCCUGAAAAGCCGAAGUACAGACCAGGCGAAAGACCUUCUCAAGUCAGACCAGAGGACAAUCUUAGGCCAGAGGGUGAGUUUUACACACCGGAGAAGCCAGGUUUCCGACCCGCAGAAAGACCUGUCCAAAAGAAGCCGCAGGAUAACCUCAAGCCCGAAGGCGAAUUUGUAAAGCCCGAGAAACAAGUUUACAAGCCGGCCGAGAAAACUGAAAAAAUUAUCCGAAAAGAUAAUCUUCGCACGGAGGGAGAAAUGACUUUUAUCGAGAGGGAAGAGUAUCAAUACGUGGUGCGUCCUGACCAAGUUAAGCCAACGGACAACCUCAAACCCGAAGGAGAAUUUUACAGUCCUGAGAAACCGAAGUACAAGCCAGGCGAAAGACCUUCUCAAGUGAGACCUGAAGAUAAUCUCAAGCCAGAGGGCGAGUUCUACACUCCCGAGAAGCCUGGAUUCCGACCCGCUGAGAGGCCUGUUCAGAAGAAACCAGAAGAUAACCUCAAACCCGAAGGAGAAUUCUACGGUCCUGAAAAGCCGAAGUACAGACCUGGCGAACGACCUUCUCAAGUCAGACCAGAGGACAAUCUCAGGCCAGAGGGUGAGUUUUACACACCGGAAAAGCCAGGUUUCCGACCCGCGGAAAGACCUGUCCAAAAGAAGCCGCAGGAUAACCUCAAGCCCGAAGGCGAAUUUGUAAAGCCCGAAAAACAGGUUUACAAGCCAGCAGAAAAAACUCAACAAAUUAUAAGGAAAGAUAAUCUUCGCACGGAGGGAGAAAUGACGUUUGUCGAGAGGGAAGAGUAUCAAUAUGUGGUGCGUCCUGACCAAGUUAAGCCAACGGACAACCUCAAACCCGAAGGAGAGUUUUACAGUCCUGAGAAACCGAAGUACAAGCCAGGCGAAAGACCUUCUCAAGUGAGACCUGAAGAUAAUCUCAAGCCUGAGGGUGAGUUCUACACACCGGAGAAGCCCGGAUUCCGACCCGCUGAAAGGCCUGUUCAGAAGAAACCAGAAGAUAACCUCAAACCCGAAGGAGAAUUCUACGGUCCUGAAAAGCCGAAGUACAGACCAGGCGAACGACCUUCUCAAGUCAGACCAGAGGACAAUCUCAGGCCAGAGGGUGAGUUUUACACACCGGAGAAGCCAGGUUUCCGACCGGCUGAGAGGCCUGUUCAGAAGAAGCCGGAAGAUAAUCUCAAACCUGAAGGAGAAUUCUACAGUCCUGAGAAACAGAAAUACAAACCAGGCGAAAGACCUUCUCAAGUUAGACCAGAGGAUAAUCUCAGGCCAGAGGGUGAGUUCUACACACCGGAGAAGCCAGGAUUUAAGCCUGCUGAUAGACCGGUUCAAAAGAAGCCCCUCGACAACUUAAAGUCGGAAGGGGACUUUUACAGCCCAGAAAGACAGCCCUACAGGCCAGGAGAACGUCCAUUACAAGUUCGCCCUGAGGAUAAUUUGAAACCUGAAGGAAAUUUCUAUGCUCCUGAAAAGCAAGGAUUUAGGCCAGGAGAACGACCAGUACCGAAGAAGCCCGUUGAUAAUCUAAAGCCUGAAGGACAAUUUGUUCAACGAGAAAAACAAGUUUAUAAGCCUGCGGAAAAAACUGAGAGGUUUAUCCAAAAGGACAACUUACGUACUGAAGGUGAGAUGACCUUUGUAGAGAAAAAGGAAUAUCAGUAUGUUAUCAGACCUGAUCAAGUAAAACCUACUGACAACCUGAAGCCUGAAGGGGAAUUCUACAGCCCCGAAAAAUCGAAGUAUAAACCUGCUGAGCGGGUAACCAUUGUGAGGCAGAAGGAUAACUUAAAAGUUGAGGGAGAGUUCUAUGUCCAAGAAAAGCAGGACUUCAAGCCUGUUGAACGACCUAAACAGAAAAAACCUCUUGACAAUUUGAAACCAGAGGGUGUGAUGUCUAUGCCAGAGAAAGUAAAAUAUAAGCCUGCGGAUAAGGUGACAAGAGUUAUUCAUAAGGACAACCUUCGCAGUGAAGGAGAAAUGACUUUCACAGAAAAAACUGAAUACCAGCAUGUUAUUAGACCUUCUCUAGUAAAGCCAGAAGAUAACUUAAAAACAACUGGUAAGUUUUACGUACCAGAAAAGACCACUCUUUCAAAUGGUGAUCGCCCAGAAGCAGUUAGGCCUAAAGACAAUCUCAAGCCGGAAGGCGUUAUGUACACCCCUGAUAAACCCAAAUAUGAGCCAGCUUCACGUCCAGAACAAAAGAAAUAUGUUGAUAACUUGAAACCGGAGGGUAAGAUGCACAUCCCAGAAAAAGAAGAAUUCCGGCCGGCAGAUAGGGUAAAGACGGUUAUUAGAAAAGACAAUUUAAAAACCGAGGGUGAAAUGACUUUUACCCAAAAAGAGGAAUACCAUCACGUUAAACGGCCAGAGCAAGUAAAGCCAAGUGAUAACCUUAAAGUUGAAGGUGAGUUUUAUACACCGGAUAAGACUGCCUUUAGGCCCGCUGAACGUCCAAUACAAAAGAAACCUAAGGACAACCUUAAGCCCGAGGGGGAAUUUUAUAAGAGGACCGACCAAAGCGAGACCGAUAGCACGACAGUUACUGAAACUAUUAAACGAGAAACUCCAAAACGUCCCGUCGACAAUCUGAAGCUAGAAGGGUCUAUGACAGUAACCAGAAGGGAUGACUAUAAAAGUACGGCCAACAAAACAACCGUCGAUAAAAUUCAACGCGUUCAAAAAAUCAACCACAACAGUUCAUCUAUUACUUUGGGAAGUGAUACUGCCAUCCUUAAAACGACCAAUCAAAUGAAUUAUGUAUCAGGAAAGGACGCAGUUAAACAAGUCGAUUCCAACAGCCAAAACCCUGUGGACGGUUUAAUUGUUGUAUCCACAAAGAAGGUAACUACUGUGAUUGGAGGGCGCCACAAGAAAGAACCUGAAACUGAAUAUGUCAAGAGGCCAGCAAGGAUAAACGUAAUCGAAAAUGUUGCUAAGAAUACAACAACGACGAACAUUGAGAAUACCCAAAACAUUCACAGUGAAAGCACGUCGAUGCAAAGAAACCACAAUAUUGUCCAAAAUGCUUCACUGACUACGGAAAAUAUCAGGGGAUCAGAUGUAUCCAGAAACGCUAUUGAAACCAAUCGUAGAAAUGUCACCGGAAAUAUCGCCGGAGACAUUAGAUCCGAAGUGGUGUCAGGUGGAGCAAUCUCUGAUACUGUAACAGGAAAUUCUUCAUCGACUCGCAUAGUUUCAGGUAGAAAUGUCACCCGAAAUGUGACUGAGGAUUCGACCUCUAGAGUAGUGUCAGGAAGAAACGUCUCCAGCAAUAUAACUGGUGAGUCAACCACCCGUUUGGUUUCCGGAAGAAAUGUCUCCAAUAACAUAAUUGGUGAUACCACAAGCCGAGUGAUGUCUGGUAGCACUGUAGGACAAAACAUCACCGACGAAUCAGCGUCGCGAGUGGUCUCUGGUGGCCGAAGUUCCAGCAAUAAUAUUAUAACUGGAAGCUCAACCUCGCACAUGAGCACUUCGAAAAACUUUCAUCACCGAAAAAGCGAGUUCUCCUCAGAAGCCGAUGUCUCGAAUACGGUCUUCCAUCGCAAGAGCGUGUCCAGCGAUUUGAAUACGGGCAAUGGCAGCCUGACCUCCAACGGAAAGAUGCAACGCAAAAGUAUACUCAAUCUACACGAGCAACCCUCUAGUACCACAACCUAUGGAGGAGAGCGUCAAAGCUAUAGCAGCAUCCAUCGCCAGAAUCGAGACUCUGACGCGAAUAGUACCUUUACAAGCGAGCGUCGAACCUGCAAUGUGCAUAAGGAAAACAGGGAGCACAACGCCAAGAACUCAUCCUCCAUGUCCCGCAUAAUUUCUGGUGGGGGUACUGGGACCGAAAGCAGAUCGAAUGUCGAACGCUCAACGGUCACACGCACCCAAGUGUCGGGGGCUGGCAUCGAUUUUCCGUCUCAAUCUCACUCCCACGUCGGAAGCCAUGCGACCCGUCACCGAGGAAGUCAGCAUGUGUCCAGUUUAGGCGGUGGCAUCGAUUUCCCCUCCUACAGUGCUCACGGACAGCACGAGCGAGUGGUCACCCGCCGUGGCAAUCAGUCCUCAAUUAGUUUGGGCAACGACAAAUUCACCGGCUCCAGUCUGUACAAGAGCGAAUACAUUACUGCCCCAAAAACGACGUGUGCUGUGCAUAAGAUUAAACAAGGUGCAUUCCAACAUACCAGGAGUACUCAAGAACACAAGUUCUUUAAGACCUCAAACUAACAAAGCCACCCUACGAGAAUAUAUAUAUCUUUUGCCUUACUAAUACACAUAUCCCAUAUUAAUAAUAAGCUAAGCUUCCAUGACAAUAUAUGUUUUAUACAGUAUACAAACCAAUCCGAAAAUUAAAAUUAACAAUAAAAAUACAUUUUUGAAUCGAA